AUGGCCGCCAAGCUGCCAUCCGCCGAGGCUGUAGUGGCCGCCGGAGGCUACGAGCGUGACACAGAUGCCGGGGAAGACAUCAACCUCAGCGAGCUCUUGUUUGGUCCAAAUGCCUCAGGACCCCCGUCAGAGGUUGUGGCCUCCUUUGCCUACAACACCUUUCUUCUCAAUGGCUGGGUGAAACAGAGCAGUCCUGCAUGUGCUGCAGCUUCGGUGGCAGGAGCAUACAAUGCACUGCAGCGUAUUGGUCGCCAUGACCCCAAAGCCUUGCAACAAGCCGACCUGGUGGAAGUGCUCAAGGGUAUCUUACGCACUCGCCUCACCACACAUGCUGCCAAAUUUCAUGCCGACGUUGGCUGUUCAGUGGAGCCGCUGGCACAGGCCUUGCAAGCUCACCUGGCAGCCCAGGACAAAUCUCUGGGAAUGAAAUGGCCACGCCAAGCCCGUGCCAAGACCAUCAAAGAGGUCUUGCGCACCAUCUUGCAGGACAUUGCGACAGAAGGCAAUGCCGACAACCCCUUGUUUCCGCUGGCAAACGCUGUUGCUUACGAAGCAGGGGGCGAGGAAAAUCAAGCCGCUGUCGGCAAUUCGGAGGAGGAGGAUGACGAUACAGAUGCAAAGGUGGAUGGAGUCGAAAUCUUCCUACCUGGUCAGGCGGCCGAUCGACCUGUUCCUGCUGCAACUGUGGAUCAGGAUGGGGCACCGCUUCCACACCGCAUCAGCCCCUUGUGGAGGAAGAGCUUCUUGCAGUACUGCAACAACCUCGGUGGACUUGAAAAGUUGGAGCGUGAACGACCAAGCACGGGCUUUUUCGGUACUUGGGGUAUUUUGGGCGCUGUCCGCCGCCUGGCAGAUCAGUAUCAGGUGCGCCUUUCCAAUCCCCACUCCCGUUAA